ACCAUCGAAGAAGAAACUCCCCCCUGAAAUGAAUUGAGAGAUUGCGCUGGGCUAAUAAAUCAAGUAAUUUUUUAUUCAAACAAGUCUGUUUAAAGUCGAUUGAAGGGUACUGUUUGAAGUGAUAAUGUCAGAGAUACCCGCAGACACGUGGCAGCCGCAAACAGUGGUCAUGGACACAACGAUGGGAACAAUUGUGUUGGAGCUGUACUGGAGACAAGCACCGAACACCUGCAAGAACUUCGCAGAGCUGUGCAGAAGAGACUACUACGUCAACACAAAGUUUCACCGAAUAAUCAAAGACUUCAUGGUGCAGGGAGGAGACCCUACAGGAACAGGUCGCGGGGGUGCCUCCAUCUUUGGUAAACAGUUUGAAGAUGAGCUGAACCCAGAACUGAAAUUCACAGGUGCUGGUAUUUUGGCGAUGGCCAAUGCAGGACCAGACACAAACGGAAGCCAGUUCUUCUUCACUCUUGGACCCACUCAGUGGUUAGAUGGAAUGCACACUAUUUUUGGAAGAGUAAAAGAGGGAAUGGGAGUGCUGAACCGAAUCGGGAUGGUAGAAACCAACGGCCAAGAUCGGCCAGCCGAUGAUAUAAAAAUCAUCAAAACUAAUGUACCCAUAUAAACAAAUAACGUUUGUUUUUGUUUUUUUCAAUGAUAUUUUUUUGUAUUCAAUAAAUGUUUGCUAAAUG